CGCCGGACAGGUUUCCAAUGCUUAAUCGAGCAUCAACGAUUAUCGCACAGGCGGAGCGAAAAAGUUCCCACUCAGUUAGAGUCCGCCUUUCGCGGUGAUCACUGCUCGACCACACGAUCAUGACGCGAUCUUCGCCAGCUUGGUGUGCUGGCCAGGCUUGGGUCGUCUGCAUUUUUUCAUCCAUCUGGAUACGCACGUGUCUCGCGCAGUUUGCCAUGUCAUCGUCCUCCCCCGCAGGAGCUGUUGCCUCCGCCGGUGGCGUCACCGUGGUGGCCCAGCUGCCCGGAUUUGAAGUGAUCAAUGGACUGAUCAAUGCCAUGCACAAUAACCGCUUUAAUCAGCAGCAGCAGUUCGAAAGACAGCAGCAGGGCUGGCCGGGCAUGGGUCCGGGUCCGGGUCCGAAUCGGAGAGGAAUGCCCAGACCAGGAUUUGCACCACCAAACCUUCAGCAACAGACGCCUCCUGGAUGGCCAGCAGGCUGGCAGUGGGGAGCCGGUGGAAACCAGAACCAACCCGGAUUUGGCUGGGAUCAAGCGGGAUUCGGACCCGGACCAGGCUGGAAUGGAGGGAGAGGGCAAGGGCAUGAGUGGAACGGUGGGGGUGGCACAGGUCCAGGCUGGAACGGAGGAGGUGGGAGAGGGCCUCCACCAAGUUCGGGCUGGAACAGAGGAGGUGGAAGAGGACCUCCACCAAAUCCAGGCUGGAAUAGAGGAGGACCAGCGCGACCAGACUGGAAUGGAGGCGGACCACCGCCAUCAAGACCAGGAUGGAAUGGCGGAGGACCACCACAACCAAGGCCAGAAUGGAAUGGAGGGAUGGAACAGGAAUGGGAAAACUAUCCACGCUUGCCCGAUCAGCCGAAUCCCAAUGAUGCCAACACUAAUUUGAAUCCAAACAGUGAGCCUAACCCCACUCCCCAACCGCCAGUACCAGGAGCCUCCUUUCCAGCCACAACACCUACACCAGCGGCAACGUUUCCCACGAUCCAGCCACGUCCAACAGCUCAGCCAACAAAGGACACCUUAAUUAUAGGCACCAAUCGGCCGCCGCUGGUGCCGCCCCACAAUCCGGAGCCACCCACGCCCACUUUUCCAACUUGGAUCGUGCCUGAGCCAUUGCCGAAGCCCCUAGACGAGUCCUCCGAAAAUCGUGCCAUUAUAUUCCCCAGCUCCAGCAAAUUUAUCCAUGUGCCCAACCAGGAGGCUCCCUCGGUACCCAUUGAUGUGAGAUGAAGACGAAUCUUCUAAGAGGGAGUUCCCGGAUCCACACUUGUUGUACAUAUUCGUAGACCAUUGUUCAAUUGCUUCACUCGAGAUCGUCUCUAUCGAAAGUUCAAAACAGGUUCUAAAAGCUCGUUGAUGGAAAUUAACGAAAUUUUAAUAAAUUACACAUAAACAAAUGAGACAGCA